UGUCCAGCAAUCACAUUGAGUCGCGAGCGCCUCGGCAGCCAAUCAAGAGCCAGACUUCAGCCGCCCGUCUACACGGUCGGUGUCGCUGACUGGGCAGCUCAUUUCUGAUCAGGGUGUCGGCGGGUUUAAAGAUGCAGUUCAUGCUCCUGUUCAGUCGACAGGGCAAGCUCCGGCUCCAGAAGUGGUACGUGCCGCUGUCCGACAAGGAGAAGAAGAAGAUCACCAGGGAGCUGGUGCAGACGGUCCUGGCUCGGAAGCCCAAAAUGUGCAGCUUCCUGGAGUGGAGAGACCUGAAGAUCGUUUAUAAGAGAUAUGCCAGUCUGUACUUCUGCUGUGCCAUAGAGGACCAAGACAACGAGCUCAUCACUCUGGAGAUCAUCCACAGAUACGUGGAGCUGCUGGACAAAUACUUCGGCAGCGUUUGCGAGUUAGAUAUUAUUUUCAACUUUGAGAAAGCCUACUUCAUCCUGGACGAGUUCUUGCUGGGCGGAGAGGCUCAGGAAACCUCCAAAAAGAAUGUGCUGAAAGCCAUCGAGCAGGCGGACCUGUUACAGGAGAACAUAGACUAUCAGACGCGUCUGUUUGCAGGAUACCAAAGAAGCAGAGACUCCACGCAGUGUCCUGGAGGAAAUCGGACUCACAUAAGAAUUAAAAGCCCCCCUGCCCUCCUCUUCUGCCUCAUGGGUCUUCACUCGCGAGCUAGAAACAUCACAGUCACUGUUUCCAUCAGAGUUCCAGUGUUUAUGUACAGCCAUGUAGCACUUUUUACCUGCUUAUGCUUCUAUUGUUGAAUCGCUUGCUAAAGCAAAUGCAGCAGCGUUUUGAGCUGGUGGAGCUCUCUGGCUGAAUCUGUAUUGGAUACAUUUUUUUAUGGAGUAAAGUCCGGAUUUUAAAAGAUCUUUGUCCAGGUCACUAAAAGGUCGUGUUUUAAGGUUAAAGCGAAAGUAUGACAUGAUAAAAGCCAAAGAGUAUUGUCUUAUCUGCUGAAUUCUUGAUCAUGUUUCAGGUGUUUACACACCUCUGCUGCAAAGUGGUUCUUAAGGUGGAAUUUUCUAUGUCUGUCAUUCUGACAGCUGAACUUAACUGGAUGCUGAACGCCUUAAACCGCCAAUUGGUUCUAAAAAAAAACACGGUUGCAUCGUCACACUGAAGCCAGUAAAUAAAUGCACCUUAAUGAUUUUAUUGUUGUGAUUAUAGAAGCCGAGGAAACUGUUCAUUAAAACUGUGAUUUGUAUUCAUUUGUCUUAAAAUCCUUUUAAUUUAAAACCAUUUUGUGACUGAUAAUAAUCAAACAUAAAAGCUACCUUUGAACACAAAACUCUCAGAUUACAGACUGGAAUCAAUUUUCUUUUUUUUUUUUGUAAAAUCUUUUGGUCAGGUUAAUAAACAAGGUUUUCCUUCUUCCUAUUCCUUUUAUUAUUAUUUUCUUUAAAUGAAGAUUCAAUAGAGUACAAAACUCUAAACAGACAGGAAGUUGAUCACAGUUUUUUGUGAAGCAGAUUUCACAAUACCUUAAAGGAUUCAAAUUAAGAGACAAAACAAAAACAUAUUUUAAUGUAAUUUUAUUUAUUGUAUUUUUAUUUUAUUUUGAAGAUUUACAGGUACAUAUAGUACACUUAGCUUAGUAACUACACUAUACAAUGUUGGAAGUUUUGACUGUGACAUGAGGUCCACUGUGAUUCCUUAAAGUCUACAUUUGAUCAGACAUAAAAUCAUAUUUUCACAUUAAUAUAUGGAAGAAGACAUAGAUAAAGGGGAUCCCCUGUACGAUAAAAAAAUGACCCCCAGUACUUCUCAUGCAUCAAACAGCAUAGUCAGGGAUAGAUCUCCUCUUUUUGCAAUGAUGUUUAGAAGAAGGAAAUGCUGUAAACAAAGAGAAAACUCCAAAAAUAAAGUUACAAAUCAUUUAUUUUCCCUAAUAAACAAAAUGCAAAAGAGAAAUCUGAAUACUUGGUCUUUCCACCCUUUGCCUUCAAUACAGCAUCAGUUCUUCUAGGUUCACUUGAACACAGUUUUUGAAGGGACUCAGCUGGUAGGUUGUUCCAAACAUCUCGGAGAACUAAACUCAGAUCUUCUGUGGAAGUAGGCGUCCUCACGUUCUUCUGUCUCUCCAUGAAGUCCCAGAAACCCUCCAUGAUCCUUGGAUUAGGGCUCGGUGGUCCAUGCCGUCCCCUCCAGAACUUCUUCUUCACCUUUACACUGAAAACAGUCCUUAAUGUCUUUGGCUUUAUGUUUGGGGUUUCUGUCCCGCUGAAUAAUAAAUAUAGGGCCAGUUAUACAAAUCGCAUGAUGGGUAAGUAUCUGCCUGGAUCUCUCAGCAUGGAAAACCUCAUUAGUCCGGACCAAAUUUCCAACUCAAUUUGCUGAAGUGCAGCUCCAAAAAGUCCAAGAAACCUCCACCUUGUUUCACUGUUGUCUGAUGACACUCAGUAUUGUUCUCUGCCAUUAUUUCUCCACUUUCGUUUCUACAUUUUCCUCCAUAUUUGAGUCGCUUGGUCUUGUUUCCAUGUCAGAGGUUUGGUGUUUUGGCUGCGUCUCUUCCCUGAAGAUCACUUCUAGCUGUGACGUGAGACCGUCUUGCUCAGCUCCAUCUUGGUGAGGUUGAGAAAGUUUCUGUUUCACUUCAUGACUGGAUUUGAAUGUAUAUGCCAGACAAAGGCAAAAGUAAUAAACAUUGAGAACUUUUGUUUGCUCGCUUUGCAUUUUGUAAAUGAAUAAAAACAAACAUUCUUUACA